AUGAAUUACUACGAGUGCAAUGGAAUUACCCCUUCAACAUCAACUGCAGCGAAUGUAAUUCUUCGCAGAGAAGCAUCCUCUGUUGAGUGCAAUGUCAACUGGCUGCUGUACUUGAUGUACGCUCGAAGAGACUUCAACUACUGCAAACUCAUAAUUGAAGAGUACUUGAAGAGGAAUUAUGACGCUGAGUAUCUCCAUUUCGUGCAGGGUUUAAUUGCGCGAGAAGAGGGAAGAAUGACUGAUGCUUUAAAGGGCUUUCAGAAUGCGAUAGAAUUGAAUUCGAAGAAGUCCGAGUACUUCAAAGAAGUAGCAAAGACGCUAUACAAAAUGGGACGUCUUCGGCAGAGUUUGGACGUCUUCUUGAAAGCCGAAGCCCUUUUGGAUCGACCAGAUAACGAGCUGUAUUACUUCAUCGGCGAUUUACUGCUCAAGAAUGUUGGUCAGCCGAGAGCCGGUCCGAAAGAGGCCAAAGAGUACAUUCUGCGUGGUGUUCAGGGUGGAAAACACCUGGACAGUUACAAGAAACUGGCGGAGAUUUAUCUCUCAGAAGACGACUUGCCAAAGGCCAUUGAAGUGCUGGAGAACAGCUUACAGAUUAAUCCGGACGAUCCCAAUGCUUUAACGCAAAUCGGCAUUCUCUAUCUCACCAUCGGCGCCACACAGAACGCCUUUACGAAGCUCCUCGACGCCUUGAACGUGGACGCAAAAUACCCGAGAGCUUUGACCGCUCUUGGCGCGAUUCUGCAGUCGAAGAACGACAUUGAUGGGGCGUUGAACAAGUACAAAUUGCUCAGCGAUGUGGAUCAGGAGGGAUCGGAGAUCUGGAGCAACAUUGGACUGUGCUUCUACAAGAAGCAGAAACUCGUGGCGGCGAUUGCGUGCCUUAAGAAAGCCGUUUGGAUUUCUCCGCUCAACUUCAACACGCUCUACAAUCUUGGAUAUGUUCUGCUGAAGGCUCAGCAAUUCGCCAGUGCCUUCCACGUUCUGGCCACUGCCGUGAGCAUCAAGAACAACCACGCGGAGUGUUUAAUGCUGCUCGGAGCUUGUCUCCGAUUUCUGCACGAUCGCCAAGGUGCUUUUGUGGCCUUCGAGAGGUCCACAAUGCAACCGGAUGCGCUCAAGAAUCCUCUGAUUUACCUCAACUUCGCCAUCUUCUGCCACGAAGAGGGAAAAUACCAGCAAGCGCGGACCUACCUCACCAAUGUGAUAAAAAUGUCUGAGACUGUGAGCAUUCCAACUGAGUACAUCGAGACUGCUCAGACUCUCAACGGUCUCCUGCCCAUUGAGGAGAAAGGCGAGGCUGAAGAAGAAGGUGAAGACACCGAAGAAGCUGUUGAGGAGGUGGCCAAGAUUGAAAUCGAGGCUCAAGUGGUGGAAGAAGUAGAAAAACCCGAGCAAAAGGAGCCUGAAAAGGCUGAGGAAGACGGAGAUUUGGUGUAGAAUAAACUGUCUAAGUGAU